AGUUCAAGCGGGCUGCACGCCAGCCGCUCGGCAACAGUGGGCGGUCUACCAAAAUGGCUGCCCCAUUGCCUGCGCGACGGAAUCGUAAAGACAGUUAUUGCGAAGUGUUGAGUACAUUAGACUUCAGCAGCAUUCCUACUCGUGUCGAAAAGUUUCCCAACUUUCGCGAACCGCGUGAAAUCGGACACUUUUCUCUGGUUGGACUGAAUCCCGACUACGUAGGAAGCGACGUGCAGCUCAAAUAUUUGUACAUGCCAGCAUUCAGACACAGACUUAAGUGGGAUCUGGAUUCUGGCUACGACACAGCCAUCAGGAAAGACGUGAAUCAAAACGUAAAGCUGGAAAAUCUGCUUAUAUGGAUAUCAAAAAACAGGGAGAAGUUCGCGACAAGGUCUCCAAAAGGCGAGCUACUCACCUCGGAAAGCCUCCACACAGACUUCAUCUGCUAUCGAGGAACUUUGACAAAAGUACUCUGCACCCCUUACGAGGCACGUGACGACUGGCUAAUAGGAGCAACCAAGUAUAAAGACACCAUUUACCUGUGCCACUACCACACAGAGAGGGAUCGCGAACGUCAGAUCAACAUGUCUGCUAAAGAGGAACGCAUGGGAUAUUGGGGGUACAAGUUUGAGCAGUACAUGGUGACAGAUGAACCUGGAAAGCCUCCAGACACCGAAGCAGUGCUGAACGAACGGGAAGAAUAUUGCUCUGUGGUGCGAACACGUCUCAACACACAUUCUCUAGUGUUUGGAGGUGAGGUUGACGCACAGGAUCCUGAGCUUAUGAGAAAAAGCAAGUCGUCGAAUUCUACGAGUCACUACGUAGAACUGAAGACAUCUAAACUUUGCUUGAGUGAGAAGCAGCACUGGAACUUUUGCAAGUUCAAGUUGAUCAAGUGGUGGGCUCAGUCAUUUCUAAUAGGAAUUCCUCGUGUAAUAUGUGGCUUUCGAGAUGAUGAUGGUGUGGUGUGCACUCUGCAAGAAUUUAAAGUUAGGGAGAUGCCACAUCUUGCCAAGGACUACUGGUCCGGAGCAGUUUGCAUGAAUUUCUGUGACAUGUUUCUGUCAUUCGUGAAAAAGAUGGUUAUCAGGGACGACCCAACCAUUGUGUACCUUUUCCAACUAUUUCCCAAAGAAGAAGUCCAGUGCACACUGUUAGAAAAUCCAGGGGAUUACAGACUUCUACCAGAUUGGUACCUCAAGCAGUCACACCAAUGAAAAAUGAAGCACAGUGACAAGGAUGUGGACAUUUCAGAUUUAACUGUACAGGCUGGUGCCGUUGGCCACUGCUGCUUACGAACAAGCGACCACUGCACGCGUCUUUAUGGUUGCCAGUAAUGUUCACAUCAGCACAUAAUUUUGUGAAUGUCCUUGUAAAUAGCUGUAUAACCUGCAUUAUGUAAAUACUUGUGUAAGUACGAAGCAACAUUUGUGGAGCCUCGAAGAUGAUUUUAAAGGACAGUCUGCUCUUAGCUUUUAAAAGCUUCAAGAACAAUUUCUUUAAACGUUUCUUUUUUCUUUAGCACAGAAGCCACGUUUGUGUCAUCUGUGCACUGUUUCUCAUUACUUGUACCUUUAUUGCAUUCGUUGUAUUUGUGGAUGCCAGCAACGAAUUUGCGGAUUUCUGGUAAAACUAAAUUCAUCCACAAAUUGGCAUUUUGAAUUGCAGUGUGGUGCUUUGCAGUUUCAAUGUGUCACUGACUCAUUCACGUGCAUAGUUGCCAGAUAAACACAGGGGCUAGAAGUGACAUGGCACAGGGUUGGGAACACAACAGAUCAACACAGUGUAGAAAUACAAAGUUAUUUUUCUUCCCUCUAUCUACCCACCUGUAAACACAACAUGAAGGUGUGGCACCCCGCUUUUAGAAAUCAGAAUUCAUUCUGAUAAAUGAAUGAAUUAAAAAAAUUAUGUGAUCAAAAUUGAAAGUUAAAGAGUCAGUGGUCACCAAAAAUCAUCAGUUUGUUUAAAGUAGCUUGACUUUGCAGUCAGUCGCAUGUACGUUGACAUACUGCAGAUGUUUCACGUAAAGGGUGUUCGAAAUAUAUCUUAGCAUGCCACCACUGCCUAUCGAAUGGAUGGAUUGAAUAUCAGAUGAGCACAAUAGAAAACAGCUGGACAACACUUGAAAGAAUGGGUUCAGGUUGUGAAGUUUGUUCUCUAGAUUGACUACAUUCACUAUAACUCAUAAUGUAAUAUUAUAUGUCUCCUCACAUGCAAAUAUUGGGCUGCAAUUCAGGUGACUUGUAUUUUGGCAAUUUUGUGCUUCAAACAUUGCUCAUCUCUACCUGGGCCGUGAAGGAAUAUUUCCUGAAAACCUCACAUUGUACUAAUGUACAUAGCCACACGGUCAAAACACUGCACACUGUGUGUACCUCUUUCCGUCUCACGAACAACGUGCUGAUGUUGUUCUGUUGUGACACAUUGCAUUCACCUGUAAAUGUACCCAUCACAAACUUGAUGCUUUACUGUCAAGCUAGUGGCUGUCCUGCUGGUUAUGUUACUAGGGCCUCGGCUCUUUCAUUUUGUGACAUGCAACACAGCCAUGACCAUCUUAACAAGCUAAAGCUGCAAUAGGAGAGAGACAAAGCACAGAAUAGCAGCUGGUGCAUAGUGGUGAUCAGUUCUGAAUCACAGGAGCCAGUAGGAACCGUGUGUUUUGUGUGUCAGUGUUCAUGUUAUAGUUCUAAACCUUGUCUGGUAAUGGACAGGCUCUCACACUUUUCAUGUGACCUAUUCUCACCCUAGCUUACCUCCAAAUAAAGUUUGGUAAACUUAAACCUGGUUUUGAACACCGCAGCUGGAAUUCAGUUCACGCGAAUCUAAGCUAUCAAUUCUAUUGCUCGAACUUCAGUGAUGUGAGAUGCGACGUUGCAACCAUGACAAAACAGGAUGUAUGCUGUUAAUAAGAUGUUGCUUGUUAAUAUCGAGAUGCUCUCCCCAAAACAGCGCAGUCCUGUUCAUUGAAACUCGAAGGGAACCGAGGAUUUGUUCGAAUAACGCGGAGUUCGAACUGAAGGGAGCUGCUCUGAAUGAGGGCUUGUUGAGUUGAUGGCGCAUCCUUGCUGCAAAGAAGAUGCGCCAUGGACGCACGGUCUUGGUGCCGGAAAUAUAAGAGGCUCCUUCAUUCCAAAAAUAUUUACGGGCAAGUAUGAAUGUCUCAGCGCAGAAAAUAAUGUUAUACACACUUGCAUUCGUCUCUUCAGCUGCGACCAAAUCAACCCAAUCGCACACACGGGCAUCGGCUGUCAUCCACGCCAUUUUAUUGGCUUUGCUGACCGCGAGUACAUCGUUCCGCGUGUUUCCGCACAACGUUACGUUAUUUCUUCCUCUGUCCCCAGGAACAAGUAUCCCUUUUGUAAGUAAUGACCUUGUAAGCAAUAGGUACACUUAAUAAGUUGACGUGUCCCUGACACGGCAGCACGACGCCGGCCGUCGCUCGUCCGAGCCUAAGCGUAGCCGGGCGUGGUUUUGUAAUCUGGUUCCAGUAAGCCGUUGCGCACUUUCAUAUGUUCGAAUGACCGGGUGUUUUUCCCCCCAUUAGAAUAACACACGUGGCUUUGACGGGACCCGAGCGGCAGUUCGAGUUAUCUAAAAGUUCGAAAUAAGAAAUUUCGAAAUAACGGGAUUACACUGUAUAAUAUAUCUGAAAUGGUAUUUAUGGAGAAGGCAUUGGGUACCGGACCCUCACCAACACCACCUUAUGCUUUCCAUCGCCUGUCCCUGCCUUGUUCUAUCUGACUUGCAGACAUGAAUAAUCUUGGUGGUUACCGUGGUACAGGGAGCAUCCCAAUGAAGGCUACUGAGGGAUGCUCGCAUGUUUUCUGCGGUAGGUAGUUCUCUUGGACUACCCAAAUCCCAGAGCAAGAGGGCCUGCACAUCCCUCCGUUUCCCGUUCCACCGUCAUCUCUCCCCUCCCUCUUUGACCCUCCCCUCUUCUCCCUCCCCUGGGCGCACCGAGCCGCCACUGCAGGCUGACUGCACCUAGAAUCACUAAAUAAGCUAUUUUUGUGACUCUAACCGCACCUUCCCUCUACAUCACCCCACCCCACCCACCGACUUGCAGACAUUCGACGACCGUGUCAACCACCAGGCUCAUUGCUACGAGAAACCUCACUGUCGGAAAAGAAAAAAAGAAAAAACCCCACAAAAUAUACAAAAAAAUCUGAGUGGGUGUAUGGUGUACGACACCUAUCUUGUUGCAUACAACAGACUUUGACACGUUGUACCCUUGCUGAGUGGCACAUUGCAACAGCAUCCACAACGAAAAAAGCCGAGACAGGCGUCUAAGGAGCUAAUGAGUGGCGGGAAAUUCAAACGGACGAGCACGUGAGACAUUGCUUGAUGCAUAUGGUAUGCCCUUCAAGUAUCGCGUAAGUAAGAGCGCUGUGUACGUGUUUUAUCACGUGCCCUUCUCGACGAGUGUCCCGUUCCUCGUUAGACGUGCAAGUGAUAAAGCACCCAAGGACGACAACAGAAAAUGCAAGUCCUUGUUCGGGGUUUUUUUGUUGCGGAUCUACGCCAGUAGAUCGCUUGCUCUUUAACCAUACUCUCAGUUGCAUUGGGACAGAAGUUUGCACCAGCACCUGAAAAUGCCACAGGGUUUUUAUCUGCACACUUUGUCAGAAAAGUAAAGGGCCCGUGUAUUCUACUUGUUCACUUUUCACAAAAUGAAAAUAAAAGAAAACUUCGGAGAAUCUG